UUUUUUUUUUUUUUUUGAGAGAAGGGAAUUUCGUCCCAAAUAAAAGGAAUGAAGUCUGGCUCCGGAGGAGGGUCCCCGACCUCGCUGUGGGGGCUCCUGUUUUUCUCCGCCGCGCUCUCGCUCUGGCCGACGAGUGGAGAAAUCUGCGGGCCGGGCAUCGACAUCCGCAAUGACUAUCAGCAGCUAAAGCGCCUGGAGAACUGCACGGUGAUCGAAGGCUACCUCCACAUCCUGCUCAUCUCCAAGGCAGAGGACUACCGCAGCUACCGCUUCCCCAAGCUCACAGUCAUCACCGAGUACCUGCUGCUGUUCCGCGUGGCCGGCCUCGAGAGCCUUGGGGACCUCUUCCCCAACCUCACGGUCAUCCGCGGCUGGAAACUCUUCUACAACUAUGCCCUGGUCAUCUUUGAGAUGACCAAUCUCAAGGAUAUUGGACUUUACAAUCUGAGGAACAUCACCCGGGGGGCCAUCAGGAUUGAGAAGAAUGCUGACCUCUGUUACCUCUCCACGGUGGACUGGUCCCUGAUCCUGGAUGCGGUGUCCAAUAACUACAUCGUGGGGAACAAGCCCCCGAAGGAGUGCGGGGACCUGUGUCCGGGGACGAUGGAGGAGAAGCCCUUGUGCGAGAAGACGACCAUCAACAACGAGUACAACUAUCGCUGCUGGACCACCAGCCGCUGCCAGAAAAUGUGCCCGAGCGCGUGCGGGAAGCGCGCAUGCACCGAGAACAACGAGUGCUGUCACCCCGAGUGUCUGGGCAGCUGCAGCGCGCCCGACAACGACACGGCCUGCGUGGCCUGCAGACAUUACUAUUACGCCGGCGUGUGCGUGCCAACCUGCCCGCCCAACACCUACCGCUUCGAGGGCUGGCGCUGCGUGGACCGCGACUUCUGCGCCAACAUCCCCAAUGCCGAGAGCAACGACUCCGAGGGGUUCGUCAUCCACGACGGCGAGUGCAUGCAGGAGUGCCCCUCUGGCUUCAUCCGGAACGGCAGUCAGAGCAUGUACUGCAUCCCUUGUGAAGGUCCUUGCCCCAAGGUCUGCGAGGAAGAAAAGAAGACAAAGACCAUUGAUUCUGUUACCUCUGCUCAGAUGCUCCAAGGAUGUACCAUUUUCAAGGGCAAUUUGCUCAUUAAUAUUCGCCGAGGCAAUAACAUUGCCUCAGAACUGGAGAACUUCAUGGGGCUCAUUGAGGUGGUGACAGGCUACGUGAAGAUCCGCCAUUCUCACGCCUUGGUCUCCUUGUCCUUCCUAAAAAACCUUCGCCAGAUCUUAGGAGAGGAGCAGCUCGAGGGGAACUACUCCUUCUAUGUCCUCGACAACCAGAACUUGCAGCAGCUGUGGGACUGGGACCAUCGCAACCUGACCAUCAAAGCUGGGAAGAUGUACUUUGCUUUCAAUCCCAAAUUGUGCGUGUCCGAGAUUUACCGCAUGGAGGAGGUGACGGGGACGAAAGGACGCCAGAGCAAAGGAGACAUAAACACCAGGAACAACGGAGAGCGAGCGUCCUGUGAAAGCGACAUCCUGCACUUCACCUCUACGACCACGUGGAAGAACCGCAUCAUCAUAACGUGGCACCGUUACCGGCCCCCUGACUACAGGGACCUCAUCAGCUUCACCGUCUACUACAAGGAAGCACCUUUUAAAAACGUCACGGAGUAUGACGGGCAGGAUGCCUGUGGCUCCAACAGCUGGAACAUGGUAGAUGUGGACCUCCCUCCCAACAAGGAUGUUGAGCCUGGCAUUUUACUGCAAGGACUAAAGCCCUGGACGCAGUACGCGGUGUAUGUCAAGGCGGUGACCCUCACCAUGGUGGAGAACGACCACAUCCGCGGGGCCAAGAGUGAAAUCUUGUACAUUCGCACCAAUGCUUCAGUUCCUUCCAUUCCCCUGGACGUUCUCUCCGCGUCCAACUCCUCUUCCCAGCUCAUCGUGAAGUGGAACCCGCCGUCCUUGCCCAACGGCAACCUCAGUUACUACAUCGUGAGGUGGCAACGGCAGCCCCAGGACAGCUACCUUUACCGGCACAAUUACUGCUCCAAAGACAAAAUCCCCAUCAGGAAGUACGCCGAUGGCACCAUCGACGUCGAGGAGGUGACGGAGAAUCCCAAGACUGAGGUGUGCGGCGGAGAGAAGGGGCCUUGCUGCGCCUGCCCCAAAACGGAGGCCGAGAAGCAGGCCGAGAAGGAGGAGGCCGAGUACCGCAAAGUCUUUGAGAACUUCCUGCACAACUCCAUCUUUGUGCCCAGACCUGAAAGGAAGCGGAGAGAUGUCACACAAGUCACCAACACCACCAUGUCCAGCCGAGGCAGGAACACCACAGUGGUAGACACCUAUAAUAUCACAGACCCAGAAGAGCUCGAGACAGAAUACCCUUUCUUUGAGAGCAGAGUGGAUAACAAGGAGAGAACUGUAAUCUCCAACCUGCGGCCUUUCACUUUGUACCGCAUUGACAUCCACAGCUGUAACCAUGAGGCUGAGAAGCUGGGCUGCAGCGCCUCCAACUUUGUUUUUGCAAGAACCAUGCCUGCAGAAGGGGCAGAUGACAUUCCUGGGCCGGUGACCUGGGAGUCGAGGCCUGAAAACUCCAUCUUUCUUAAGUGGCCAGAACCUGAGAAUCCCAACGGACUGAUUCUCAUGUAUGAAAUAAAAUAUGGAUCACAAGUCGAGGACCAGCGGGAGUGCGUAUCAAGACAGGAGUACAGGAAGUAUGGGGGUGCCAAGCUUAACCGGCUCAACCCGGGGAACUACACGGCCCGGAUCCAGGCCACCUCUCUCUCCGGGAAUGGGUCCUGGACAGACCCGGUGUUCUUCUACGUCCCAGCCAAAAUAACGUACGAAAACUUCAUCCACCUGAUCAUCGCUCUGCCCGUCGCUGUCCUGCUGAUAGUGGGGGGACUUGUUAUAAUGCUGUACGUCUUCCACAGGAAAAGGAAUAACAGCAGGCUGGGCAAUGGAGUGCUGUAUGCUUCUGUGAACCCAGAGUAUUUCAGCGCCGCCGAUGUGUACGUGCCUGACGAGUGGGAGGUCGCUCGAGAGAAGAUCACCAUGAGCCGCGAGCUGGGGCAGGGCUCCUUUGGGAUGGUGUACGAAGGAGUCGCCAAAGGCGUGGUUAAAGAUGAGCCCGAAACCAGGGUGGCCAUUAAAACAGUGAACGAGGCUGCCAGCAUGCGCGAAAGGAUUGAAUUUCUCAAUGAGGCUUCAGUGAUGAAGGAGUUCAACUGUCACCACGUGGUGCGGUUGCUGGGUGUGGUGUCCCAGGGCCAGCCGACGCUGGUCAUCAUGGAACUGAUGACGCGGGGGGAUCUCAAAAGCUAUCUCAGGUCUCUGAGGCCAGAAAUAGAGAAUAAUCCAGUCCUAGCACCUCCAAGCCUAAGCAAGAUGAUCCAGAUGGCUGGGGAGAUCGCAGACGGCAUGGCAUACCUCAACGCCAACAAGUUUGUCCACAGAGACCUGGCUGCCCGGAACUGCAUGGUGGCCGAAGAUUUCACGGUCAAAAUCGGAGAUUUUGGUAUGACGAGAGACAUCUACGAGACAGACUAUUACCGGAAAGGAGGAAAGGGGCUGCUGCCUGUGCGCUGGAUGUCCCCCGAGUCUCUCAAGGAUGGAGUCUUCACCACUCACUCUGACGUCUGGUCCUUCGGGGUCGUGCUCUGGGAGAUCGCCACGCUGGCCGAGCAGCCCUACCAGGGCUUGUCCAACGAGCAGGUCCUUCGCUUCGUUAUGGAAGGCGGCCUUCUGGACAAGCCGGACAACUGUCCCGACAUGCUGUUCGAGCUGAUGCGCAUGUGCUGGCAGUACAACCCCAAGAUGAGGCCCUCCUUCCUGGAGAUCAUCAGCAGCGUCAAGGAUGAGAUGGAGCCCGGCUUCCGGGAGGUGUCCUUCUACUACAGCGAGGACAACAAGCCACCUGAGCCGGAGGAGCUGGACCUGGAGCCCGAGAACAUGGAGAGCGUCCCCCUGGACCCCUCCGCCUCCUCGUCCUCCCUGCCGCUGCCCGACAGACACUCAGGACACAAGGCCGAGAACGGCCCAGGCCCUGGCGUGCUGGUGCUCCGAGCCAGCUUCGACGAGAGACAGCCUUACGCGCACAUGAACGGGGGACGCAAGAACGAGAGGGCCUUGCCUCUGCCCCAGUCUUCGACCUGCUGAUCCUGGGAUCCCGGAUCCCGUGCAAACAGUAACGUGUGCACACACCGGGCAGCGGGUGGGGGGAGAGAGUUCGAACAAUCUAUUCACAGCCUCUUGUACCUCAGUGGAUCUUCAGAACUGCCAGUGCUGCCCACGGGAGACGGCUUCUCUGCAGUAAACACGUUUGGGAUGUUCCUUUUUUCAA